AUGUCAUCAAGGUUGAUUUCAGAGAAGAAACUAGGCGCAGGACGUGUGGUGGCAGUGGCAAUUGAGAAUAACAAAACAAGCCAAUUUGCAGCCAAAUGGGCAGUUGACAAUCUUCUUCCUAAAGACCAAUAUCUCUUAUUAAUCCAUGUUAGACAAAAAGCUUCUUCCAUUCCUACACCAACGGGAAACCAUGUACCUGUUGAUGGCAACGAGGAUGUGGCUAAAGCUUACACUCAACAAAUAGAUAACGAAUCCAAGGAGCUUUUCGCUUCAUUUCGUGUCUUCUGCAAUAGAAAGAGUAUACAAUGCAAAGAAAUCUUGUUGGAGGAUAUGGAUAUAUCCAAGGCAUUAAUGGAAGCUAUUUCAUCGUAUUCCAUUGAGCUUAUGGUACUUGGGGCACCAUCAAGGAAUGGUCUUGUCAGGACAUCGGAUGUUCCAGGCCUUGUGUCUAAAGGGGCACCGCCAUUCUGCACUGUGUACAUUAUUUCAAAAGGGAAAAUCUCAAGUGUGCGAACUGCUACUGCUACAUUAACUUCUAAACCCCGUAACAAUAUAGUGGUCCCGCAGCCUCAGCCUCAGCCUCAGCUUCAUCCUCAGCCUCAGCCUCACCUUCAACUAAGUCCUGACAGAAUGGAUGCAUAUCUAAUGCGCAACCAUCCACCACGACCAUCAGCAGAGAAGCCAGCAUUCGUUGCCCGCCAGCUAAUGGAUGAAGAGGAAAUCAAAUCACCAUUCACAAGAGUUGGUAGACCAUCCCACAGAUCAUACGAGUCCUCAAUCCCUGACUCUGAUAUUUCAUUCGUGAGCAGUGGAAGGCCAAGUAUUGAUAGGAUGUUCCCUUCAUUGUAUGAAGAAAUGGACUCUGGAAUGACCCCUCGGGUUUCAACAGGCUCAGAUUUUGAUAGCAGAAGCUACGGUUCAUCUUUCUCAGGAGCUAAGUCAAUUAUUGAUCAAGCUGAUUACUCGUUCACUUCCCAAGACAGUGGGACGUCCAUGUCACCAACAUCAAGAUUAUCAAAUUCGGAUGAAGUGGAAGCUGAAAUGAGGAGACUGAAGCUAGAACUGAAGCAGACAAUGGAAAUGUACAGUACAGCUUGCAAGGAAGCUCUGUCAGCAAAGCAAAAGACAAUGGAGCUUCAGCGUUGGAAAAUGGAAGAACAAAGGAAAUUGGAAGAGGCAAAAAUUGCUGAAGAAUCAGCAUUGGCAGUAGCUGAGAAGGAGAGAGCAAAAUGUAAAGCUGCCAUGGAGGCAGCGGACGCUUCUAGAAAAAUAGCAGAGUUGGAAGCACAUAAAAGAAUGAAUUCAGAAUCUGAGCAUAGGAAGAAGACAGGAGAUACUGUCUCACAUGUUCAAGCCAGGUACAGAAAAUACUCUAUUGAGGAAAUAGAAGAAGCAACAAACUUCUUUUCCAACUCUCUCAAGAUCGGCGAAGGAGGGUAUGGGCCAGUCUACAGGUGUGAACUAGAUCACACGCCAGUUGCAGUGAAAGUGUUAAAACCAGAUGCAGCUCAAGGACGGUCACAGUUUCAGCAGGAGGUUGAAGUGCUAAGUUGCAUAAGGCAUCCAAACAUGGUUCUCCUCCUUGGAGCAUGCCCAGAGUUUGGUUGCCUAGUGUAUGAAUACAUGGCUAAUGGAAGCUUGGAUGAUUGCCUAUUCCGGAGAGGUAAUAACUCACCGGUUCUUCCCUGGCAGCUAAGAUUCCGAAUAGCUGCAGAGAUUGCCACUGGCCUCCUUUUCCUUCAUCAGGCAAAACCAGAACCACUGGUGCACCGUGACUUAAAACCAGGAAACAUUUUGCUUGACCGUAACUUUGUGAGCAAAAUCAGUGAUGUGGGAUUGGCCAGGCUUGUCCCUCCUUCAGUUGCAGACACUGUGACACAGUAUCGCAUGACAUCAACUGCUGGAACUUUCUGUUACAUUGACCCUGAGUAUCAGCAAACGGGCAUGCUAGGAAUCAAGUCUGAUAUUUACUCACUGGGAAUCAUGCUUCUACAGAUAGUUACAGCAAAGCCACCAAUGGGUUUGACUCAUCAUGUUAGUAGAGCUAUUGAGAAGGGAACUUUUGCUGAGAUGCUUGACCCUGCUGUUGAGGACUGGCCAGUUGAACAUGCCAUGCACUUUGCCAAGCUUGCCCUGCAGUGUGCAGAAAUGAGAAGAAAAGAUAGACCUGAUCUUGGAAAAGUUGUAUUACCUGAGCUCAAUAAGCUCAGAGAUUUUGCUGAAGAAUACAUGCCCAUGAUGAUGAGGUUCGGCGGAUUCGCUCCCAGAAAUAACAACAAUUACUCACGCUCCACAUUUUCCUCAAAUCAAGAUUCUAUGACUGAUUCUCAGUCGCUGUCUGGAAUCUCCGGAUAUGAGAGCCGCUCAAGCUCAUCCUCAAUGGGCAAAAUGUGA